UGUUUCGUGUCUAUUGAAAUCGGAUAUUCACGUAAUUUGUCAUUCAAUUCGCGAAGGGCAUGAUAUUUCGAAAGUGUUAGAUGCAUUGAAAAAAAAUAAACUGUCCUAUAAUAAGUUGAUGUAUAGAUUCGUAUAAUCUACGAUGGCUGAGCAAGAUUGGGGCAAUCUACCCCAGCAUAUUUUAUUGCAAAUAUUCCAACAAUCGUCCCUCAACACUAUUGGAGCCUCAGCUCAGGUUUGCCAUUGCUGGAACACAGCAACACAAGUGCCUUCGUUGUGGCGGUCCAUAAAACUGAUCCUGAAUGAAAGAGAACUGGAAAAAAACGCACGGAGAGUUAUUGCACUUACAAAUAAAUGUGCAAAAAACGUGACAAAGUUAAAAGUUGAGUGCAACGGAAGCGUUCGCAUGAACCACAUGCUGAAGACACUGAAGACCGUGUUCGAGAUAUUGUCCAGAAGUAGACCUAACCUCAAAGUGUUUGAACUGCAGGGACUAUACCAGGACUACCCGACAAACACCGAAAUGACAACGUUUGUUACGGCCGUGAACACAUUUCUGGAGCAGCAGAAAAAUCUGGAGAAAUUUGUCCUUGAAGGCACAGACAUUGAAGAAAAGUAUGUGAAAAGUUUCUUGGAGAUUCUAGGCACAUCUUCAGGGGAGAAAAUGAAAAUAAUUACUCUAAAUUAUAACUUUAUUGACGGACCUAUUGAUGAUUUCAAUACCAUCUUAAAAAAUUUUAGGAACUUACACAGGCUUGACAUAGGAUACAUUAACCAACAAUUGAUAGAAAACCUAUCAAACAGUCUUGGGACAAAUUUCACCCAGUUGUUUAUCACUGUCGAAGAACUAGAAGCAAGCAUUAGCGACACGGCAUGGGUGGCUCUAAAAAAAUCAUGUCCUGAUCUUGUGGUGUCCUUUUAUGUGAAUGGUAUGUCAGAAGUUGUCCUAUUGACGCCAAGCAUUCCCUUGAUCAGCAUAACAGCAGUAGCGCCUCUCUCACAUGAGUUUGAAAUUGCAAACAUAGCAACGCUGUACCAGCAUACACUGGAAGAACUUCAUAUAGAAAAUCAUUUUGGAGAGCAAGAACUAUCUGAAGAUUUUUGUAAACAUUUAGCUUCAUUUCAACGCUUACGGAAGUUUUCGAUGUCCAUGAUGAUAAAAACAGAAGCAAACAUUAAGUUUUUGAGGGCAUUUGGAGAAGUAUUAAAAAGACCAAACAGUUUGACGGAUGUCAAGUUUAAGUAUCGCGACAGUCGAACCAUCGGUUCUAAAGUGCUCAAAGAGAUAGAAAAACUAAAAGAAGAGUCUGUGAAUAGUGGCUUGCUACUGAAUGUUGAUUUACUUGUACCAGGGCAAGAUUACUUUUAAAUUAUUUGUAUGGAAAAAAAAACACACCAAAAUAUGUAAUUUUAUUUAUUGAAAACAAAUAAUAGGCCUACAGAAACAUUGUUGUAUUUUAAACAGUUUUUAAUUCAUUGAUCAGUUGUUUAAAUAGCUCUUUUUCAUUUGUAUUAAAUAUUCAGUAAUUAAAAAGAAAAGUUAUCUUUUUAAAUAACAAUAGAAAUAUGUUACUCAUUACGUUUUAACUACUUUUUUCAUUACGUCAAUGUUAUUAGCUGUAUUACUCAAAUUAAAAUUAUUUAUAGAAAUGUAUUUUCUAUAAUUUUAGCUGUUUUCAAGCAUGUUAUGAGAAAGGGACCAUCCUCUUAGCAAAAUACAUUA